UUCCCUCUCUAGUACAGAACUGAAAGGAGACCAGGCAGAGGAACAGGGGAACAGAGGAACAGAGGAACAGAGGAACACAGGAACACAGGAACACAGUAAUAGUAGAGCUGGGAAAGAAAGAAAGAGACUGAAAGAGUACGGCAUAGAAAGGACAGGGAGAGAGAGAGAAAGGGGGUUAUAGAAGGGGACAGGUGUGAAGAGAUAGAGCGACAGAGAGACAGACAGACUCAGAGAGACAGAGAUAGAGAGACAGAGAGACAGACAGACUCAGAGAGACAGAGAUAGAGAGAGAAAGUGCUCGAUAGUGAUCUGUGCAGCUUCUACUCUACUACUACUACUCUACCACCAGCAGGACCAUGGAGACAGGCAGCCCCAGGAAGAUCCAGUUCACCAUGCCUCUUCUUGACUCACACCUGGACCCGGAGGCUGCUGAACAGAUCAGAAGACGUCGGCCCACCCCUGCUACUCUGGUAGCUUCCAGUGACCAGUCUUCUCCAGAAAUAGACGAAGACCGUCUUCCUAACCAGUUAUACAAGGCAGCCCUGUUGAACUCUCCCAGGCAGAGGAGGAAGGGAGCAAGAGGCACGCCUACCAUGAAAGAACUGCAGUUCAUGGUAGAACACCACCUGUACAAGCAGCAGCACGGUGGAGAUGAUGAAUGUUCCUCAGAGAGCUGUCUGUCAGACAGACCCAGCCCGGACACUCUGCCAACCGGAGAAGAAGAGGAGCUGGAGCUACCGGAGGACGAGGAGGCCUGGGGAACUGGCGACAAUAUCACUGCGGAGGCCUUCGAGAAGCUGCGCUGUCAGAUGGAGGCAGAGUUUUCACGGGACAGUCUAUCAGACGCUGCAGGAGGACAUGAGUGCUCCUUCUCCAAGGAAGAAGUGGGAUGUUCCACCGUCCCCAUGGCAGCAACAUCACCAUCACAACAAAAACAACACAUACAAGCAGACACAAAAUCUGCAUCCGCAGCGAGUCCAGAGGAGAAGAAAACAAAGAAACCCAUCCAGGAAUAAGAAGACAAAUAGAACCAUGGAACAGCCUCCACACCAACCUGUGUGUGUCCCAAAUGGAUCCCUAUUCCCACAGGGCUCUGGUCAAAAAUAGUGCACUAUGUAGGGAAUAGGUUGCCAUUUGGGACCUGAUGUUCAGUCAAUAACUACAGACAACAGACAGACAGACAAGAUCAUCCUUUUGAUAAACAGACACACUGUAGAUACGGAGACAUCAGGAUAUAUGUCCGGUCAGGUACUAUACCGUGCAGGUGGAGAGAUGACUAGGCGUUUAUUUAUGACUAGGUGUUUUUUGUUUCUAUUGAUUUACUCAUUUGAUUGCCCCUACUAAUCUGUAACUAAUUGUCUAAUGUUCCAAACCAGGACAGGAAAUAUUUGGGUAUUUUUCACGACAGUUUUUGGUUUGUCGUAUACACAAACUGUAACAGCCUAGCACUCACAUGUCUAAUAUGGCCGCUGUAUAAUACUCAUAAAUCCAAAUAUUGUCUCAUGAUUAUUCUAAGAUUGAUUUGAUUUUUUAGACAUUCUGUCCAGGACUCUUGAAGGAACUAGACCUCGGUGGGCCAAAAGAGACUCGCAUAAACAACAACAACAAGAACAGCAUUUAGUCCUUAUUCAUAUUUGUGCAACGACACAUAUUUGUGCCACGACAAUAACAUUGUCUAUUUUUAAGAGUCACAGGGCAGUAUCACUGCAUCACUUAGGGAACAUCAUUCCUCAUAUAGUGCACUGGCUUUGACCAGAGCCAAAUGGAGUAGUGUACUACUGUAUUAUUGGGGACACGGUGCUUAUUUGGGAGGCAUCCUGGGAAUCAUCAAUGACCCAAUCUGGAGCUGUGAUCAGAGUGUUUUCGGUCUCCGUCUAUUUGAGUCUCUGAAGUCCCCAAAACGUAUCUGAUUAAGGGACCAAUUCAUUGGACAGGACUCUGGGUGAACUUUGACCUUUUAAAAAAGAAAAAAAAAACAUGUAUUUACGUGUCUAUUGACAUCCCAGUCAUGCAUAGUACAGAUUUAGUACUACACACCCCUUUGUUCUGUACUCCCCCCAGUACAUCAUUCAGAGUUUUUAUUUCACUACCAGUAUAUCGUAUUGUUUUCUGUACAGUAACAACAUCCAGAAGCAUAUGUAACUUAUUUUAUCUUUGGUAAAUAUAUUUGUUUUCCACUAGUUCGAUCCCAUACUCUGCUUCACUGAUGUGACAUUAGGGUCCUGAUUGGGUGACAUUUUAGACCUAAUAUUCGUCGGCGUCAUCAUAUCAUUUCGAUGACAGAUUAGGCGUAUUACUUCAAUGUACUGUAUGUAUUGGGUGCACAGCAAAUGAACAACAUUAUGUCAAUUUAGAGAGGUCUACUGAAUGAGACAGGUGAAAGGAAUUCAACAUAAAAGUAAUAUACGUACAGUCAUGUGUUCCUAUGUUUUAUGUAUGGGUGGUCCCGGGAAUCUGACCCACAAUUAUAUUCUGCUUUUAGAAAGCUUUCCAGUUAUUUAGCAUUGAACACUCUACAUCUGUUAAAAACAUUAUCUUGUCAUUCAUUUUCAAUGUAUGAACACCAUAAAUGAUUGUGUAUUUAUUUCAUUUUUAUUAAUGAUAAAUUACGAUACAUGAAAUCCAUCUAUAUCUGCAUUUUAGUUCAACUUUGUUUGACUUGGUAAUGAUUACAUAUGUCAUAAAAAGGGUUUGAUACAAUAAAGUGUUGAAAUUG